AUGUAUAUCUCUACCGCUACUCUCUCUUCCAUCGUCCUUGCGGCAUCCCUGGCCUCUGCUGGCCCUGCUCACAUCAAGAGAGCCGAUGCCUACGCCCAGUGCGGCGGCCAAGGCUUCACCGGAUCUUCCACCUGUGUCACCGGCUACCACUGUGCCGAGUCCAACCCCUACUACUCCCAGUGCAUUCCCGGAGCUGGUUCUUCCGCUCCCGUUGUGACCUCCGCUGCUGCCAGCGCUGUCCAGACCACCGCUGCUUCCGCCAAAGCCCCCGUCUCAACCAGCAACAAGGCCAGCUCUGCCCAGCCCUCUGACAGCUUGAACAAGCUCUUCCAGGCCAAGGGCAAGAAGUACUUCGGUACUGCCGCUGACCAGGGCACCCUCAGUAACGCCCAGACUGCCGCCAUUGUCAAGGCCGACUUUGGUCAGGUUACUCCUGAGAACAGCAUGAAGUGGGAUGCCACCGAGUCUACCCAGGGCAAAUUCAACUUCGCAGGAGGCGAUUACCUCGUGAACUUCGCUAGUCAGAACGGUGAUCUCGUCCGCGGUCACACUCUGGUCUGGUACUCUCAGCUGCCCCAAUGGGUCCAGAACAUCAACGACAAGACCACUCUCACCAACGUCAUGAAGAACCACAUCACUCAGGUCAUGACCCACUUCAAGGGCAAGAUCUACGCCUGGGACGUCGUCAACGAGGCCUUCAACGAGGAUGGCACUCUCCGCAACAACGUCUUCUACAAGGUUCUCGGUGAGGACUACAUCCGCAUCGCCUUCGAGACUGCUCGCGCCGCCGACCCCAACGCCAAGCUCUACAUCAACGACUACAACCUCGACUCUGCCACCUACGCAAAGACCACCGGUUUCAUCUCCCACGUCAAGAAGUGGAUCGCCGCCGGCAUCCCCAUCGACGGUGUCGGUUCCCAGACCCAUCUCGGCAAGAGUGGCUCCUUCAACAACCCCGACAACGUGCCCGCUGCCUUCAAGGCCGUCUGCGCCGCUGCCCCUGAGUGUGCCAUGACCGAGCUUGAUCUUGCCGGUUCCGAUCCUACUAGCUACGUUAAGGUUGUCAAUGCUUGCGUCAACACCAAGAACUGUGUUGGUAUCACAGAGUGGGGUGUUUCCGACAGCCAGUCUUGGAGGAAGAGUGACAGUCCUUUGCUCUUCGAUGGCAGCUUCCAGAAGAAGGCUGCUUACACUGCCAUUGUCAACGCCCUCAAGUAA